AUGGUUCGCAACCUUGUUGUCAUCGGGGGUAAUUCCCACCCUCAGUUGACUCAGAGCAUUUGCAGUGUCCUCGGCAUUCCUCCUGCAGAGGUUCUGCUCUCUAAAUUUGCCGUUGGUGAGACCCGCGUCGAAGUUCAAGAGUCAGUCCGUGAGAAGGAUGUCUACAUCAUUCAGUCCGGCGGUGGAAAAGUCAACGACCACCUGCUCGAGCUACUCAUCACCAUCUCCGCUUGCAAGACUGCCUCAGCACGCCGAGUCACCGCGGUCCUUCCUCUCUUCCCUUACUCCCGCCAAAGCGACAUCCCUUACGACAAGGCUGGUGCCCCUCUGGUCAAGGCCACCGUGCCAGGCAAAUCCUCCAAUGGCUACACAUUCGAGAGCACCCCUCCAACUCCGGGUCCCGGAAAGCCUGAAGGCCUCGGUCUGAUGAAUGGCAUGGACAACCUCCAAAGGAGUCUUGCUAAGGCUCAGAUUGAGGACAGCACCGGCAGUCCCGUGAAGCGGCGGGGAAAUGGCCUGCCCCGCAGCGACACAACAGACUCCCUUAAGUCUCUGACCAAUGCAGCCGAUGAUACCGCCAGCAAUGCCUCCUCCAAGAUCUCCUCCUUCCAGCCGCGACCCGGCUACAAGCAGUGGGUUGCGCAGGCCGGUACCCUCGUGGCAGACCUGCUCACCUGCGCUGGCGCCGAUCACAUCAUCACCAUGGAUCUGCACGACCCGCAGUACCAGGGCUACUUUGAUAUCCCAGUUGACAACCUCUACGGCCGACCCCUUCUGAAGAGCUACAUCCAGCGCAACAUCCCCAAUUACAAGCAGGCUGUCAUUGUUAGCCCCGAUGCCGGAGGCGCCAAGCGUGCUACGGCAAUUGCGGACCAAAUGGGUAUAGAAUUUGCUCUGAUUCACAAGGAGCGCCGCCCCACUAAGAUCACAGACCGCCAGAAUGCGACCAUGAUGUUGGUCGGUGAUGUUCGCGAUCGCAUAGCAAUUCUGAUUGACGAUCUGGCGGAUACCUCGAAUACAAUUACUCGCGCCGCCAAGUUGCUGAAGAAGGAGGGUGCAUCUCAGGUUUACGCCCUGGUGACUCAUGGAAUCCUGAGUGGGGAUGCCAUCGACCGCAUCAAUGCUAGUGCUCUUGACAAGGUGGUUGUGACCAACAGCGUGGACCAGGUUGAUCACCUGCGUCGCUGUCCUAAGCUCGAGGUCCUGGAAGUCGGCCACGUUUUCGGCGAGGCCAUCCGCCGCGUGCACCACGGUGAAAGUAUCAGUGUGCUCUUCCAGUAUGACUGA